UUGAACUCAUAGAAUGCCAUGAGAUAGAGCUACAAAAGUAUAUAUAACCCUACCUCUAUCACCAGCAAAACAACAACAACAACACGCCAAAAUCCAAGAAAAUGAACACUGCUGCAGAUGGAGAGAGCUCCUCGUACAACACUUCAACCCUCAACAUGCUUGAAUUCCAAGCCUACAACCAGCAACAAGAAGAUCACGACCAACAAUAUUCAAUGAUCUCUUCAUGGCCAAUUCCUCCACCUAUUCAUUCAUUCAACCAACAAUUCCAAGGCUUUUAUAUCCCUCCUCCUCAUCCUCCUCCUCCUCCAAUUUAUGGAGAUUUGUACACAAGAUCAAGGGCUUCCACUGCUCUACAGUUUGCUUAUGAUGGAGGUGGUUGUAAUAUUAUUGAUCCUCUAGGGCUUGCAGGGCUUUAUAACUAUAUUGGAUCCGAUGGUCGAGGAGUUCAGUCCUCAUCGACAUUGAGUGCGCAGGAGAUCAUGGAUGCUAAGGCGUUGGCUGCAUCAAAGAGCCAUAGUGAGGCUGAGCGCAAGCGGAGGGAGCGGAUUAAUGCUCAUCAUGCUAAGUUGCGCAGCUUGUUGCCUAGUGCUACCAAAACAGACAAAGCCACAUUGCUAGCAGAAGUGAUCCAACACGUCAAAGAACUAAAACGUCAAACAUCCGAAAUCGCAGAAGAAUGCAGCCUGUUACCAACCGAAUCAGACGAGCUCACCGUCGACGCAGCCAGUGACGAUGAAGGAAAAUUCAUAGUAAAAGCGACGUUAUGCUGUGACGAUCGGUCGGACCUCAUCCCUGAUCUCAUCAAGGCUCUAAAAGCACUACGUCUGAGGACGCUCAAGGCUGAAAUCAUGACGGUUGGGGGACGAUUCAAGAAUCUGUUGGUCAUCACUGGGGAUGAGGAUUUUGACGAGAGUCAGCAGCAGCAGCAGUUGAUCGUGGCGAUUCAAGAUGCUCUGAAGGCGGUCAUGGAACGAGCAACGGUGAGCGAUGAGGCUUCGGCGGUCAGUGGCAUUAAGAGGCAGAGGACCAACAAUCUUGCCACUAUACCUGAGCACAACUCGGUUUGAAAAACAUGGAUACGAGAUGACAGUUCAUUUUUAAACGAGACACUUGAGGAUGAAUUGUUGAGAUUCAUAUUCAUAAUCCUGGUUAUUUUUAUCUCUUAACAAACUUAUUUUGUUAAAUGAACUCAUCUCAGCUCGUAUCCAUAAUUUCCUAUAUACAACAGUCUUGUACAUAGUUCUUUGUUUUUUUUAUUUGGAUUGGGCUUUUGGAAAUUUUUUGUUUUUAAUGAUGUUUGCUUGAGAGAGGGGUAUAGGAUCUUUUUCGUGAAGAGAGCAAGAGAGAGAGUUACAAAUUUGGAUCCAUUGUGUACUAUGAAGAGAAUUGGGAGUUAAUGUUGAAGUUUCCCUUUUAGUUU